AGAAGUGUGCAAUUUAUUUGGUGGCAUCUUCAUCUGUGCUUUACUAGGGACGCAAGAAAGUGGUGCUGAUCAUAAAGUAAUACAGCUAAAUCGGGAAACAAGAAUGGAUAUUGUCACGACCAUUGCUGGAAAAUUUUUAGAACCGAUAGUAGAAUACACCGUGGCACCCAUUGGAAGGCAAUUGGGUUAUUUGAUUUUCUACAAAGGCAAUUUCAAGAAUCUGAAGGAUCAAGUUGACGAGCUGAAGAGAGAGAAGGAAACUAUAAGUAAUGAAGUGGAGGCAGAAAGAAGAAAUGGACGCCAAAUUUAUGAUGCUGCACAAAACUGGCUGAACAGAGUGGAUGAAAUCAUAGAAGUGGCAGAGAAACUUGGUGAUGAUCCUCGUCAUAGGAAAGCUGGUUGCUGCAUGGGACCUUUCCCUGAUUUGAAGUCACGGCACCAACUCAGUAGAAAAGCAAAGAAAAUGGCUAUAACUGUUGCUGAAGUAAAGCAACAGAAAGGUGGCAUUUAUCCACUUGCAUUCUUGCCUGCUCUAGAGGGAGUAGGCUUCACUUCUGCUACAAGCAGUGAAAAGCUUGGGUCAAGAAAGAAAAUGAAGGAGGAAAUUAUAUUGGCCCUAAGAGACCCAAACUUAAGGCGGAUUGGGGUCUAUGGGCUUGGCGGAGUUGGGAAAACCACUCUAGUUGAAGAAAUUGCUAAACAGGUUAAAGAUGACAAGUUGUUUGAUCAAGUUGUUAUGGCUAACAUAUCCCCAGCUCCAGAUCUUGAAAGAAUUCAACGUGAAAUAGCAGAUUUUUUGGGUCUUCGCUUUGAGGAGAUGAGCAUACCUGGAAGAGCAUUACGCCUCGAGCAGAGAAUUGAAAAUGAGAAACGUAUCCUGGUCAUAUUAGAUGAUAUUUGGGAUGUACUUGAAUUUAAAAAGCUUGGAAUUCCUUCGAAUGAUCAUAAGGGUUGCAAGUUAUUAUUGACUUCUAGGGAUCUAAAGAUAUUACAACAAUUGGAGACUCAGAAAGAUUUUAAGAUAGAUGUUUUAAAUGAAGAAGAAGCUUGGAACUUGUUUAAAGAAAUGGUGGGCGAUGUUGUUAAAGAUGGUCAUUUGCAUGACAAGGCAAUCAACAUAGCCCGAAAAUGUGGGGGCUUGAUUGUUCUUCUUGUGACAGUGGCAAGAGCACUAAAAAAUAAACAUAAUACUGAUCAUUGGGAAGAUGCCUUAAACCAGUUAAAGAUUGGUGAUAAGGAAGGAAUGAAAGAGAAAAUUUAUUCAAGUUUGGAGUUCAGUUACCAUCAUCUGGAGGGUGAUGAUGUGAAGGCACUUUUCCUGCUUUGUGGAUCAGUAGGUCCACUAAUUUCUGUUAAAUACUUGUUGAAAUAUGCUAUAGGUUUAGGCAUAUUCAAGCAAACUUAUUCUCCAAAACUUGCAAGGUCUAAACUUCAUAGCUUAAUUGGUUCCUUAAAGGCAUCUUGUCUAUUGCUCGAAGACAAGUCAAAUGACAGAGCUAAAAUGCAUGACAUUGUACAUGAAGUAGCAGUCUCAAUUGCUUCAAGAGAUCAUCAUGUUUUCAAAAUUGGAAGGGGUGAUGAAUUAAAGAAAUGGCCAUCAGAGGAAUUCCUUCAAAGAUGCACUCAAAUCAUCUUGAAUUGGUGUGACAUUUCUAAGCUUCCUGAAAGGUUAGAAUGUCCUAAUAUUAAACUUUUUUUUUUGUCUAAUAAGAAUGAAUCUUUAAGUGUCCCAGAAUCUUUCUUUGAGGGAAUGAAAAGCCUUAAAGUGUUAGAUUUGACUUGCAUGCACUUACCUUCAUUGCCCCAAUCUUUUCAUUAUCUUAGUGACCUUCGAACACUUUGUUUGGAUCAUUGUGCUUUAGGAGAUAUGACCAACAUUGGAGCUUUAACGAAUUUGGAAAUUCUUAGCCUCAAUGGGUCAUCUAUGAUAGCGUUGCCUAGUGAACUAAUGCAGUUGACUCAUCUUAAAAUGUUGGAUUUGACUGAUUCUGGAAUUGAAAUCUUUCCUUCUAACAUUAUAUCAAGAUUGACCAAAUUGGAGGAGUUGUAUUUGGGCAAUACCUCCAUCAAGUGGGACCAAGAAGACUCAACUGAGGAAAACAAAAAUGCUUCCCUUUCUGAACUUAGGCAUUUGAAACACUUAACAGCUCUAGAAAUUCAGAGCAAAGGGGCUUGGGUUCUACCAAGGGAGCUAAUGUUUGGCGAACCCGAUAGAUACAAAAUAAUGAUAGGAGAUAUCUGGGAAUGGUCUAAUAAUUAUGGGGCAUCCAAAAUAUUGAAGGUCAAGCUUGAUACUGUCAUUCAUUUGGAGCAUGGGAUAGAAGAACUUAUUAAAGGAGUAGAGGAUUUGUCCUUGGAUGAAGUGAAUGGAAUCUCCGAUGUGCUUUACAAUUUGAAUGGAGAAGGAUUUCCUUUGUUAAAGCACCUUCACAUCCAAAAUAAUGGGGAAAUUCAACACAUCAUCAACUCAAUGAACAGAAAACUGAUUAGUCAUGUUUUCUUUCCAAAAUUGGAAACAUUAGUACUCCAAAAUCUCAAUAAAUUGGAGAAGAUAUGUCAUGGCUCUUUUACGAAUAACUCAUUUGCACAACUUAGAUCCAUCAAAGUCAAAUGUUGUGAGCAGUUGAAGUAUAUUUUCUCAGUGUUGAUGGUCAAAGCUCUUUGCCAACUUGUUGAGAUUGAAGUUUCAGAAUGCAGUUCUAUGAGAAAGAUUGUAUUUGGAGAAAACUCUUUCCCAAACUCUGAUGACAAUAUUGAGUUCUGUUCUUUGAGAUCCUUGAUCCUACGAUAUUUGCCAGGGAUCGAGGAUUUCUAUUCUGGUUUGCUGACGUCUUCAACAACUAAGCAGAGUUUGUCACUCCAAACUAACGUUCCAUCAUCUUUUUUCAGUGGGAAGGAUGAUAGCCUUUCUGUAGCCAAUUGUUUUCACAUGUUGGCUAAGCUGAGUGUGGAAGAGUGUAGUGCCUUGAAGUAUUUAAUCUCUUCUUCUAUGGUUGGAUGUUUUCCAAAUCUUAAGGACCUUCAAAUAAGAGAGUGUGAGAUGAUGGAGGAGAUAAUUGGUACAGAGGGGAGAAAUAGUGCUGCAAUUGAAGAGGUUGGGUUUCCAAAGUUGGAGACUGUCAUAAUAAGCAACAUGAAAAGGUUAAGGAAAGUAUGGUACUCCCAAUUUGAAGGGUUGAAGACUAUGGAGGUGAAUAAUUGUGAGAAACUUGAGCAUAUUUUCCCAUCUGAUAUGCACACAACAUUUGGCAGAAUGGAGACAUUGAAGAUCACUGAUUGUGGUUCAGUGAAAGAGAUAUUCAAAUUACCGAACAAUGAAAUCACUGGUGAAGAGGCCACACAAUUGAAGAACCUGCAUCUGCUUCGCUUGCCCGAGUUGAAACAAAUAUGGAAUAAGGACCCCCAAGGAAAUUUCCGCUUUCACAAUCUCCAAGAUGUCCAUGUUGAAGGAUGUGAAAACUUAGACUAUCUCUUCCCAUUUUCAAUAGCCCUGGAUCUUCAUCAACUCGAAAAACUCACAAUGCAUUCUUGUGGAAUGAGUGAAAUUGUAGCAAAGAAAGAGGAAACAGCCAUAUUUCACUUUGAUCAAUUACACAUCUUGCAGAUUUGGAACAUGCCUCGACUUGAUAGAUUUUAUAGUGGAAGUCACAGUUUAACGUGCCCAUCAUUGAAAAUGUUAUGGGUCUUCAAAUGUCCAAAAUUGAGGUUAUUAGGGAGACAGAGAACAAGAAACCAUAGCAAGAGUGGUGAUGACCGAAAUCCGCAUCCCUCUAUGCAAGAUCCUCUCUUCUUGGUUGAAGAGGUGAUUCCGAAGCUGGAAAAUUGGACAUUAAAUAACACAGAAGCCAUAAUGAUGUUGGAAGACCCACAAUGGAAGGACCGUUAUUUGAGUAAAAUGAAGACUCUUCGAAUGUCUUAUUUUGACAACAAAACAGCAGCAACUUUUCUGGACUCAAUUGCGCAAAAGGCACCAAACUUGAAAACUCUAGUUGUCCAACAUGGUUCCUUGAAAGAGAUAUUCCAACACAAAAGAGUUGCAUAUGAGGAAGGCAAGAAUGAAAUCAAGACCCAGCUUGAAGUUUUAACGCUGCAUAAUCUACAACUGGAACACAUAUGUAGAGAAAGAUGCAAGAUCGACCCAAUUCUUGAGGUUCUUGGAGUUUUGAAUGUGACAGAAUGUGCCAAUUUGAAAACUUUGGUUCCUUCCUCCGUCACUUUUUCCCACCUGACAUAUUUGAAGAUUCAAAAGUGUAAUGGAUUGAUAAGCUUAAUUUACUCAUCAACUGCAGCAAGUUUGGUCAAUCUUCAAGAAAUAAAAUUAAAAGAAUGCAAUUCACUUGAAGAAAUAAUGACGCAGGAGAUGAAUGAGACAAGAGAUGAAAUCGUAUUUAGAAAUUUGAGAACUAUAGCAUUGGAAAGCUUGCCAAGGCUCAAUAGUUUCUCAUCUAGCAGUCAAUGCUUCUUCAGGUUCCCAUUGUUGAAGAAAGUUGUUGUGAGGCAAUGUCCAAGGAUGAAAACCUUCUGUGAAAGAGCAACAAGCACGCCAAUGCUCAGAAAGGUAAUAACCAAAGAGGGGAAAGACGAAGAAUGGUGCUGGGAAAGCGACUUGAACAGAACAAUAAAAAUGGUCCAUGGGAAUAAGAUUGCAUUCCGUGAUAUGGAGCAUCUUGAUUUAUCCUUGUAUCCUGAGCUAAAAGACUCUUGGAGCAGUCCCAUUGAGAAUAAAAUAUUCUGUAAUUUGAAAUCUUUGGCAGUCGAACAUUGUGACUUUUUAUCAGAUGUUCUUAUUCCUUCAAAUAUGCUGCGAGCCUUGGGGAACUUGGAAGAAAUUCGCGUAAAAGACUGUGAUUCACUAGAAGUUGUGGUUGAAUUUGAUGUAGCAAAAGAAGGGGCAAUAUCAGAGAAAGGGGCGAGUCAUCUGCGAAAAAUCGCCCUAUCUAAUCUGCCUAAACUCCAAUACAUAUGGAAACCAAGUCUCGGAGGGAAAAGGGAAGAGGAAGAAGUUCAAGUCCAAUGUCAACAGCCUCUGUCUUUUCUUGCUAAGGUACUUCUACCCAAACUGGAAACAAUAAUAAUAGAAGACUUGCAAAACUUGGAAACAAUAUGGCACCCUGUCCUAACUCCGAAUUCCAUGGGUAGCUUUGAGACAUUGAAAGUGAAAAAGUGUCAGAAAAUGCAGCAUAUAUUUCCAACAUACAUGAACGGAGUAUUUGCAACUCUACAGACGUUGAUGGUCGAAGCCUGCAAAUCAGUGCAGGAAAUUUUCCAGUUGGGGGCCAACGAAAUGUACAGUGGAGAUGAUACAACACGGCUCAAGAAUAUAACCUUGCUUCGAUUGCCAAAGCUGAAACAAAUUUGGAGCACAGAUCGUCAGUCAAGUCUUCACUUUGAGAGUCUGCAAGUUGUACGUGUUGAAAACUGUGGAGAUUUAGAGUUCCUUUUUCCAUUCUCCAUAGCUAAGCACCUGCAUCAACUUGAAGCAGUUACAAUAAAGAGUGCUCAAAAGAUGAAGGAAAUUGUUUCCAAGAGAGAAGAACCCUUAGAUAAUCUUGUCAAAUUUGAGUUUAAUCAGCUAACCUCAAUGGUACUUUGGAAUUUACAUGAUUUGCAGGAAUUUUGUGCUGGAAAUCAUAGUUUAUCUUGUUCAUCAUUAAAAGAAUUAGAUGUCUUUAAUUGUAAAAAAUUGAAGCUGUUCAAGACACAAGGUACAAGUAGCCAAGGAAGUCUUUCUCAUGGUAAUCUCUGUGUCUCAACGCAACAACCUCUUUUCACACUCGAAGAGGUGAUGAGCAACCUGGAGCAGUUGGCCCUAUCCAGUGAGCAUUUGACCAUUAUAUUACAGGGCCACUUUUCUGGGGAAAACUUCAGGAAACUCAAAUUUCUUGCAUUGCUAGAGAUUGGAGAUGAUCAAAUGACUUUCCCAUACUGGUUUCUUCAAAACAUGAGCAGCCUUGAGCGUCUCAUUGUGGGAGGGAGUUCUUUCAAGGAGAUAUUUUCAGAAGAAGCACUUAUCAAUCCAGGAGGAAAAAGUGAGAACACAACACGAAUAAAAAAUUUGAGACUGACACACUUGAAUGAACUCCAGAAUAUAUGUAAACAAGGAUGCCAAAUAGACCCUCUAGUUGAAGUUCUUGAGCACUUGGUUGUAGAUCAUUGUUCCAAAUUAAACCACUUGGUGCCUUCUUCCAUAACCUUUUAUCACUUGACAUAUUUAGAGGUACAAAAUUGCAAUGGAUUGAUUUAUUUAAUUACCUCUUCGACAGCAAGAAGUCUAGUCAAGUUAGCAACAUUGAAGAUAAGGGAGUGUAUAUCAGUUGAGGAAAUUGUGGCAGAAAAAGGAGGGGAUAACAUAAAUGAGAUCGCCUUCAACAGCCUAGAAGUUUUGGAGCUCGAAAGUUUGUCAAAACUCCGGAUAUUUUGCUCUAGUAACUGCUUCUUGAAGCUUCCAUUGUUGGAGAAACUUGUAAUAAGGCAGUGUCCAAGAAUGACUAGCUUUUCCGCAAGAGAGACAAGUGCACCAAUGCUUCAAAAGAUACUGACAGAUAAACAAGAUGGAAUGUGGUGUUGGGAAGGUGAUCUUACUAAAACAGUCAACAAGAUGUUCCAAGAUAUGGUGGCAUUCAGGAGUUUCAAUCAUUUGGAACUCUCUCAAUAUCCAGAACUGAAAGAACUAUGGUAUGGCCAAGUUGAGCCGAAAAUAUUCUGCAAUUUGAAGCAUCUGGUGGUCCGUAAAUGUUCAUUCUUAUCCAACAUGAUUUUCUCAUCAAAUUUAUUGCAAUUGUUGAACACUUUGGAGGAAUUGGAAGUAUCAGAGUGUGAUUCAUUAGAAGCAAUAUUUGAUGUAAAAGCAUUAGAAGACAAAGCAAUGGAAUCAAGGGAAGUGAGCCAGUUGAAAAAAUUAAUACUCUCAAGUCUUCCAAAUUUGAAACACGUGUGGAACAGAGAAGCAGAAGAAAUAAUUAGCUUUGAAAAUUUACAGAUUGUGAAAGUUGAUAAAUGCAACAACUUAAAAUAUGUGUUUUCACCAUCACUGUGCCAAAAUUUGAGGCAACUUGAAGAGCUUCUCAUUGACUCCUGUGGUGUUGAGGAAAUCGUUUCAACUGAAGAAGGAUUGGAAGAACUCAAGUUUGAUUUUUCUCGAUUAACAAUCUUACAGCUACAUGAUUUGACACAGCUCACUAAUUUUUAUCCAAAAAAAUACACUCUAGAGUGUCCAUCAUUGAAGUGGUUAAAUAUUCGUGGAUGUGAAAAAUUGCAAAUAUUUGCAUUUGACCAUUCCAAUUCCCAGCAGCUUAGAGAGGGUGGCAUUGAUUUGCACAUUAAACAAGCUUUGUUUUAUAUUGAAAAGGUGUCCCAAAAUUUGGAGGAGUUGCCAUUAAAUGAAAAGGACAUUAUGAGGAUAUUAAAUGGCAACUAUGAGAAAAAUCUAUUUCAAGGCAUAAAAAGGCUUCAUCUGCAAUACUUUCAAGAAACUCCAAUAAAGCUUAUAAAUGAUUUGAUCCAAAAAUUCCCUACUAUAACCACACUUCAAGCACGUUGUAGUUCUUUUGAAACACUCUUUCCUUCAAAAGAAAUUGGUUGUUUCAGUAUUGAUAGUCCCAUUCAAAUUAAAACAUUGUGGCUAUUUCAAUUGGAUCAGCUUGAGCAUAUAUGGAAUGAUGAUGACUCAGCAUCUCAUCCCCUAGUUCAAAACCUUGAAGAUCUACAUUUACAACACCUUCUGCAUUUUUCAAAAAAUUAA